AUGGUUGGAAAACUCAGAUUUGGCGGCAGAACCAGCACCAUGGGCCUUUCGGGUCGCGCUCUACGUCUGGCCAUCACGAUUACCGCGGUGACUGGGUUUUCACUUUUCGGAUACGAUCAGGGUCUUAUGUCCGGUCUUAUCACCGGUGACCAAUUCAACUCUGAGUUCCCAGCGACGAAAGCACACGAUGACUUGCGUAAGCCGGUCGUCGUACAAGGUGCUGUAACUAGUUGUUACGAAAUUGGAUGUUUCUUUGGAUCCCUCUUCGUCAUGUUCCGCGGUGAACACAUCGGGCGUAAGCCGCUCGUGAUCAUUGGCGCCAUCGCUACUAUCGUCGGUACCGUCAUCUCUACAGCUGCAUUUGGGCCCCACUGGGGUCUCGGUCAAUUUGUCAUCGGCAGAGUCAUCACUGGUAUGGGCACCGGGUUGAACACAUCUACUAUUCCAGUGUGGCAAUCCGAGAUGUCCAAGCCGGAAAACAGAGGUAUCUUGGUCAACUUGGAAGGUUCCGUCAUCGCGGUAGGUACCAUGAUUGCGUACUGGAUCGAUUUCGGGCUGUCGUUUGUCGACUCCUCGGUCCAAUGGCGUUUCCCCGUCGCCAUGCAGAUCGUGUUCGCCAUCAUGCUUCUAGUUGGUAUUUCCGAACUUCCCGACUCGCCUCGGUGGCUCAUGUCCCAGGGCAGGCGCGAGGAAGCCAUCUAUGUUUUAGCGAAAUUGGACAAUCUCGACGAGAACGAUGACUCGAUUGUCGCCGAGGCCACUUUGAUUCAAGACGCCGUUAACAGAUUUAGACACGAAAAGAGAUCUAUCAAGGACUUGUUCACCGGAGGUAACACCCAAAACUUGCAGAGAGCGCUAAUUGCCGCUUCUACCCAGUUUUUUCAACAGUUUACUGGUUGUAACGCGGCCAUUUACUAUUCGACCGUUCUUUUCGAACAAAGUAUCGGUCUCGAGAGAAGACUAGCGUUGAUUUUGGGUGGUGUCUUUUCCACCAUUUACGCUUUGUUCACUAUCCCAUCUUUCUUCUUGGUCGAGAGCUUGGGUAGACGUAACCUGUUUUUACUCGGUGCCACCGGUCAAGCCGUCUCUUUUACCAUUACUUUUGCAUGUCUAAUCAAGGACACUACCCAGAAUGCAAAGGGUGCUGCUGUGGGUCUGUUUUUGUUCAUUUGUUUCUUUGGUAUGUCCAUUUUGUCGCUACCCUGGAUUUACCCACCAGAAAUCGCUUCCAUGCGUGUUCGUUCGGCCACCAACGCGUUCUCUACUUGUACCAACUGGCUCUGUAACUUUGCCGUUGUCAUGUUCACGCCUGUUUUCAUUUCCGAUGCUAAAUGGGGUUGCUAUCUCUUCUUCGCCGUGAUCAACUGGAUCUACAUCCCAGUCAUUUUCUUCUUCUACCCAGAAACUGCUGGUAGAUCUUUGGAAGAAAUCGACAUCAUUUUCGCUAAGUCUCAUACCGAUGGUGUUAUGCCAUGGAGAGUCGCCGCGACUCUGCCCAAGUUGUCUUACUCUGAAAUUGAGGACUAUGCUAACGCCAUGGGUCUGUAUGACGACGAUCUCGAGAAAGAAGAGAUGAACGACGACGAGAACGAGGAACUUGAGAAAGAGGCCAAUCAAGGUGUCAAUGGUUACACUCUAUUCCAAAAGAAGCCUUCAAAUGAGGAAGAGAUCCCAAGUCAGCAAAACGCUGAAGGUUCUUCUACUACUUCUCACAAAACAGAGUGA